UCUGGAAGCGGUGGUGGAGGCGGCGGCCAAGCGGAUGGCGGCGGAGCCCCGGCGCCCGUGGGUCCAGGCGCGCAGCGCUUACGGCGCCAGCGAGGCGCUGCGGCGCGCGGUGGGCCGCCGGCGGGACCCCGGGCCGCAGCCCAAUGGGCCGAUCCCCGACGAAGCCCGCGGCCCGGGCCGCCUGGCUCGCUUGCGGGGCCAGCUCCGGGUUGAGGCGGCGGCGCGAGCCGACGCGCCCCGACUGCUACGGCUGGUGGAGCGCGCGGGGGCCGCGGCGGGGGCGGCGGAGACUGGGGAGCAGGCGGAGGAGCGCAGCCGCCGCUCCGUGUGCUCCGUGUGCGGCGAGCCUCGCGGCGGGGCCACCUACCCGGCGGGCGUCCUGGAGGUGAGCGAGCGGCGGCUGCAGGAGGGCCUGGCGGCCGUGCGCGCGGAGCUGGGCGCGGGGCUGGAGGCGCUGCGCGCGGAGCUCCGGGCCGAGCUGGACGCCCUGCGCGCGCUGCUGCCGCCUCCACCGGCCGCCCGCCGUGAGCCCCGCGUUCCCCGAGGCCCGGCCCUGCUGCGGGCACUGGGCACUGUGAACGCCCUGGCCGCGGGCGCCAGGCCCACCGACGACGCCUCAGACGGCCCGGCCAACGGCGGCGCGAACAGGGCCCCGGCCAGGAAGAACCUCAAGAAGACCCCGGUACCGCCCGGGGCCCCGCAGGGCGGCGGGGAUUAAGCCUGGGGCGAGGGCCGGGGGCGGCGCCGCUGGUCACCCGGCUUUGCUACUCCGAAAUGGACUGGGGCUCGUGAGGCGUGGCUCGGAGCGAGAAGGGUCCUCCGACGCUGCUCGCUAGCGCUCGGGCACCGAAAGCGGGUGGGGAGCGCGGCUGAUCCGGGCAGCGCUGGGGAGGGGCCGGGUCGGAGGUCUGUCUGCCUCCGCAGACCUCGCGGAACAAGAGCCCGCCCCCCACCUCCCGCCCUCCCGCCUGGGGGAGGGGUUGUACGUGUGUUUCCUUGAAGGGUCUCAGGGAGGAGACUGGCUGUCAGGUGCUGGGGUGGCGAGCCUGACCCACACACGGAGUCCAACAGGCACCAGGGACACGUGGGCUGCAGGGACAGUCACCGGACACCGGCUCACCCAGGACAGUGUCGCUCCGACGCACAGCACAUUCUACUGCCGGCCCUGGACCGCAGCCUGACCCUAGCCAGCUUCACUCCCCCGACCAGCCCCACCUGCUCCAGCCCCACCUGCUCCUGGACGCGGUGCAUCUGGUCAGCGCCUCCAGGACCGCCAGCUUCGCUUUGACAGCAAGGUCGCUCACGGACCCUCACCGCGGGCCGUCACGUGACGGCAGUGUCCACCCACAGCAGACUCCACGGCACGGUUUACCCAGGUGCUGCCUGGGUUGGGUCUCACUUGGUACAGAAGGCCCGUCACUCACUGUCUGUGUCCCCAGGGGCCGCCUGCCCAGCGAGGCCUCCGGCACAGAGCCAGGAACCGGCAGCGUCUCAUCUCCCGGCCUCAGCGAAGUGGUAGCCAGAGGCAUCACCAAGCCACAUGGUGUCUGGGCUGGGCAGCCCGCUCCUUUGUAGAAUAAAUCAUGUGCUUGCAGGCACUGA